AACUUGCGGACGACCUUGCCUGGUGACGUAACUUUAAGAAAGCCAAUCAGAUUAAACCGAGAAAAGGUACCGCCUCGUGUAAACCAAAAGCAGGCCGAGGGAGGGGUGUUUUUAAAUAGUGCGCAUUUUAAAUCGCCGUCAUUUUAACAGAUCGUACAGUAAACGUAAUUCAGCGUAUGUGACGCGUUAUGGUGGUACGGACUACUAUCAUAUGAUACUUGACUGUUUAUUCUAGGAGGAAGGAUUUGACGUUGGAUUUGUUCCCCCCCUGUUCUCGUCUCCAGUGAAGGAGACUGUCUCUCGCAUUAGCGCCUUUCUUCUGCUGCAGUAUGAACGUGGACGAGCGUGGACGCUUACGAAAUGCUCUUGUGUAACGUUACGUGCAUUUCGGUUAAAGUCUUUCGCGCUUUUGGAGAUUUUGAAAACGACGUGAAUUACGUGGAAUACUAAACAAUGUCGUCGGCUUGAAGUUUGUUUGUGGAUAGAAAAAAACUUGUUCGUGAUUAAAAGAUCCACGAAAUAAAGGGUAGGAAUGGCUAAUGCUGUAAGCUGAACCUCAUAAUCACAGACUCUUGGACCGGGGUUGUCCCACGGUCCCCGAUCAUCGGGUUAAGGGACCAUGGGAGAUGUAGGAGUCAAUGCAGUGGGAGAAGGGUUCAAACAGUCCCAUGCGCUGUUUGAUCGCUUCGUCCAAGCCACCACCUGCAAAGGCACUCUCAAGGCUUUUCAAGAGCUUUGUGACUUCCUGCAACUCAAGCCCAAUGAACACUGUGUGUUCUACCACAAACUCAAGUCCAAGCUCAACUACUGGAAAGCCAAAGCCCUCUGGGCCAAAUUAGACAAGCGCGCCAACCACAAGGAAUACAAAAAAGGAAGGGCCUGUGCCAAUACUAAGUGUCUGCUCAUUGGAGCCGGACCAUGUGGUUUACGUACAGCUAUAGAGUUGGCAUUCUUGGGAGCCAAGGUGGUUUUGCUGGAGAAGAGGGAUGCUUUCUCUCGAAACAAUGUGCUCCAUCUUUGGCCUUUCACUAUUCAGGAUCUGAGAGGUCUCGGAGCAAAGAAGUUCUAUGGCAAAUUUUGCGCUGGAGCCAUUGACCAUAUCAGUAUUCGACAGUUGCAACUGAUGUUGUUGAAGGUCGCUCUUCUGCUCGGCAUUGAAAUUCACGUCAAUGUGGAAUUCAAAGGCCUUGUUGAGCCACCAGAAGACCAAGAGAAUGAGAGAAUUGGGUGGAGAGCCGAAGUCCACCCCAGAACACAUCCAGUCAAUGAGCUGGAGUUCGAUGUUAUCAUUGGGGCUGAUGGGAGGAGAAACACCCUGUCAGGGUUCAGAAGGAAAGAGUUCAGGGGAAAACUGGCUAUCGCUAUCACAGCAAACUUCAUUAACCGCAACACGACUGCAGAAGCAAAGGUGGAAGAGAUCAGUGGAGUCGCCUUUAUUUUCAACCAAAAGUUCUUUCAGGACCUCAGAGAAGCUACAGGAAUUGACCUGGAAAACAUUGUGUAUUAUAAGGAUGACACGCACUACUUUGUCAUGACUGCCAAAAAGCAGAGUCUGCUGGAGAAGGGCGUCAUUCUGCACGACUAUGCCGACACAGAAAUGUUGCUUUCUAGAGUGAAUGUUGACCAGAAGGCUCUGCUAUCCUAUGCCAGAGAGGCUGCCGACUUCUCCACCAAUCAGCAGCUUCCUACGCUAGACUUUGCCAUCAACCACUACGGUCAACCUGACGUUGCAAUGUUUGACUUCACCUGUAUGUACGCCUCAGAAAACGCUGCAUUAGUCCGCCAGCGCCACGGUCAUAAGCUGCUAGUAGCCCUUGUGGGGGAUAGUCUUCUAGAGCCUUUCUGGCCAAUGGGCACUGGAAUAGCAAGAGGUUUUUUGGCCGGCAUUGAUUCAGCGUGGAUGGUGCGGAGUUGGGCUCAGGGAAAAUCUCCUCUAGAGGUUUUAGCAGAACGGGAAAGUAUCUAUCGACUGCUGCCUCAAACAACACCAGAGAAUGUGAGUAAGAACUUCAGUCAUUACAGCGUCGAUCCAUCUACAAGGUACCCAAACAUCAGCCUUCACCAAGUGAGACCCAACCAGGUAACACAUCUGAUAGAUACUGGAGAGACCAAAGAUUUGCGAGUCGAUUUGGAGAAUGUGGUCAACUCCUCGAACUCUAAGCUCACAAGAAAUGAACUUCUCCUUGAGAAGCAAUUCCAAGAAUCCGUUGUGCGCUCCAGUAAGCUGCUGAACUGGUGUCAGAGGCAAACGGAGGGCUACCGUGGUGUCAGCGUGUCUGAUCUCACCACGUCCUGGAAGAGUGGCUUGGCCCUGUGUGCGGUCAUCCACCGGUACAGACCAGACCUCAUUGACUUUGAGUCUCUGGAGGAGAGGGACGUGGAGAAAAACAACCAGUUGGCUUUUGACGUGGCUGAGAAGGAGUUUGGGAUAUCUCCCAUCAUGGCUGGGAAGGAGAUGUCCGUUGUGCUGGAGCCUGACAAGCUCUCCAUGGUGAUGUACCUCAGCCAGUUCUACGAGAUGUUCAAGGACACUGUGCCACCUGGUGAAAACCACAAUUUAAGCCCAGAGGAGAAGGCUGCGUUGAUUGCCAGCACUAAAUCGCCCAUCUCGUUCUUCAGUAAACUGGGUCAAAGCAUCGCCAUCUCCCGCAAAAGAAAUCCCAAGGACAAAAAAGAAAAAGAACUGGAUGGAAAAAGAAGAAAGACCAGUAUAGCAGGACAGUCAGAAGAUGAGGAGCUGCAGAGGGUUAAUCGAGACGACAGACCGUCUUUAGCCAAGGCUCUGGUCGAUCGUAAAAUCGACUCCGCCGCAGCAGCGAACAACAAUAACAAAGUGAAGUCGAUGGCCACGCAGCUUUUAGCGAAGUUUGAGGAGAACGCUCCGGCACAGUCUACAGGACUCAAGAGACAGGGGCACUCAAUGCCCAACCUGGGGCUGCUGAUGGGCCCCUCUUUGGCCCCACCCACUUUCAGAGAGUCAGCACGGCUCACUCCGGUCCCGGAAUGGAGGAAGAGGCGCACACAGUUACAGGAGCAGAUGAGUUUUCGUUAUAAGGAGAAACUGAAGCAUCAGACUCUGCCCAUGAGACAAGAGCAGGCCAGCAGCGGUACUGAGGUCUGGAGGAGCUGCCCUAAGAAAACCAUUUUCCUCUCUUCUUCCUCACCUUCAUCUUCCUCCUCAUUCUCUUCAUCGUUUCUUCCACACACACAGGAACACAGUCUGCCUAAUGUGGAUGAUUUAGAGCCUUUUUACAUCCCUAGUGUUCAUGAGAGAGCUGAGACGCUAGCUUCUAGAUUUAAAGGAAAAUCUGCAAGGAAGAAGAAGCCUCAGGUUAUGAAAAAGCCAUCACGGUUCUUUAUUGAGCAGUGGCUUUUGACCCAAGGUCUGAGUCCUGAGCAGCCUCUCCUUCCCUCUGACCCUGAGCAUCAGCAGAGGGAAGUUUUGCGUUCUGAUGAUCAUGUGCCUUUACACAUCCCCAGUAUUCAGGAAAGAGCAGAGAGGUUAGCCUCACAGUUUAAAGACAAGCCAACCCAGCCCAAGUCAAAGAAACCGACGUCACACUUCUUCACAGAGCAGUGGUACAGAGCAUGUGACGCAAACUCUGAUACCCCCCUUUACUCCCCUGGAUCUUUCCGGCAGAAGUAUGUAAAGAUGUACACAGGGGGUGUGAGCUCAAUGGCAGAGCAAAUAGCCAAUCAGCUUCAGCCCCAGGACCACCCCAGGCCCCCUCUUGAGAAAGUGGAUUUGGGCUCUUUGCGGAAGGAGUUUCCUCAGAACAUCGGCGGCAGUGACGUGUGUUUCUUCUGUCGGAAGCGGGUCUACGUCAUGGAACGCCUCAGCGCAGAGGGAAAGUUUUUUCAUCGCAGCUGCUUCAAGUGUGACUACUGUGGCACCACCCUCCGCCUGUCCUCAUACGCCUUCGAUGUUGAGGAUGGGAAGUUUUAUUGCAAACCGCAUUAUUGCUACCGACUGUCUGGUCUGGCGCAGAGGAAACGGCCUGCACCUGCCCCAGCUCCUGCAAACCCUAAGGAGCCCCAGAUGUUAGCAGUAACACCCCACACAUUGGACGCCCCAGGCCAAACCAUAAGUUCUCAGACCCCUGUGGAACGCCGGCCCUCAGUGUCAGAGGUGAACGGAGUGACGGAGCCCAGUGUGGCCAAGCGGCUUAAAGGGACUCCAGAGAGAAUAGAGCUUGAGAACUACCGCCUCUCCAUGAUGAGAGAAGAGGAGCUAGAGGAGGUACCAGAGGAGACGCUGGCGGAGCACAACCUCAGCAGUGUGCUGGACAAACCCGCAGAUGUGGAUGAGGGAUCCAGCAGCUCAGAGUCCGAUAUGGAGGAAGAGGAUGAAGAGCAGGAAGCGGCUGGUCCAUCUGAUCUGGGUGGAGUUCCCUGGAAAGAGGCGGUGGAGCUCCACGCUAAACUUAAAGGAGAAAGCGACCCUGGUGCUUCUGAAGACGACAAUGAUGAUGGAGAGAUGGAGGAUGACGAGGAAGAUUAUGAAGAGGAGGAGGAGUCAAGUGAAGAGGGAGAUUAUUUGCCCUGGCAGUGUGAGCUUCAGUUAGGUCUUUGGCUGGAGAAUCUGGCACAUGAAGAGGAUACGGGUGUGUUUAAAGCUAGGAACCUGCAUAUCCAGCAAGCCAUACAGCCAGUGGACCCACUUGACAUCCAGAUGGACAACCACUGGACAUCCAAUCAGACUGAAGGGGUGAAAGAAGGCACCUCAGUGUCACAUGUAGGCUCACAGCCUUCGCUGAACACCCUGAUCACGCAACCCACCUCCUCCACAGCCCCCUCCCACAAGUCUGUGCGCCAUGAGGCUGUCAGAGCCUGGUUGGACUCAAUGACUGGAGAGCCCUGUGAAGAGGAAGAUGAGCCUGAAGCUGAAGCAGGCAGUCCUGACUUUGAACCCGGUACUGAACUAGAUCAAGACGACAUUCCCUCGGACGCUGAGGCUGAAGCUCGCUCACAUUGCAUAGAUGAAAGUGUGACUCUUCCAAAGGAAAAUGGCAAACCAGAGAACCAGGAACAUGUUUCCAACACUGAGAAAACAUCUACAGGUCCAAGGGAACUGAUUGUUGAUGUUAUAAUGUCUCCAAUCCAAAAACCUGAUUUACCCAUCGAUGAGAUGAAUGAGAUUUCUCCUGUAAUAUUGAUGAAAUCUCCAGGUACACGAUUCUUCACUGAGCCCUACCUUCCCGAAGUCGCCGAACCAAACAAAACCUUACCACAGACUCCUAAUGAUAAAAGUCCCACUUCUCCCGUUGAUCAAGAUCUUACGGCAGCCCCCAUAUGCACACAACCUGGUCCGCAUCCAGAAACCGUGUCUUCCAAAUCUCCGAUGCAGCCUCAGCCUUGUGCCUGUUCUCCAACAGGUAACCCUUUAUCUCCAAUCUGUGCCCAGUCACAACCCUGCCACGAACCACCAUCACCCAUCUCCACAAGCUCUCCGGUCAGGACCCAACCGGUCACAGCCGUCACGUCCACUCCUAUGGCUAAAACCUCUUUUGAGAAGAGAACCAAUGAAACUAUAAAAGCACCAGAGGAAACACCUGUCAAGCAAACAGACCUCAUUGAAGAGUUCUGGUUGAAGAGUGCAGAGAUUCGAAAGAGUUUAGGACUCACGCCUAUAGAAAGAAGCAAAACCACGGCAGAAAAGAGCAUCGUGAAAACGCCGACCCUUGAAUCUUUAUCGUCUCCCAGGUCUUAUACACCGGAGGAAUUGUCUGAAGAGCAGAAGCUUGCCUUCACGGGACGUUCUGUCAUUCGCAGGAUCAACAUUACUUUGGAGGGACAGGUUAUAUCCCCUGUGGAACCAAAGAGUAAUGGUUCUGAAAAGAAAGAUUUGAGCAGCAGUUCAGGGUUGGGUCUAAACGGUAGCGUGAGUACUAGUCAGACAGCAGCUAGCGACAGCUACAACAACUCUGACUCCACCAUGCUCACCCCUCCAUCCAGCCCUCCUCCACCACCACCCAACGAAGAACCUGCCACUUUCCAAAACAAGAAGGCUCAAGUUUCCUGGGACAAUCUUCUCGAAAGCACAGAUGAGCCCAAAACUGACACUACACCACCUAAACUCAAAACCCCCGAAAGUCCGCUUCGACCAAAACCAGUCCCAGUCCCGGCUCCUAGAACUAACCCACCUGUUGUGAUGAGGAUAAAAGAUCCAAACAAACCACGCCGGCAAGAGGCACGGAAGUCUUUCGCGGAGUGUGUAGAAGAAAUACCGUUUGCUGACGAUGUCGAAGAUGCGUUCGAUGACCGAACCCCUGACACAAGCACUCUGGAAAAGUUUUACACCCCACCAACCAGUAGGGCAAGCAGGGAAAAGCCACCUUUGCACCUGGCGCUGGCAAUGGAAAACGGCAAACCCAACAUUCCUGGAUCCCGAAAGGGAUCUCAGGAAUUCUCGUCCGAAGCCAAGGAGAUAGCAGAAAAGCGAUUGAGGGCUCGCGAAAACUCUGUUAAGAGCAAAGCUCUGAAAGACGCAAUGGCAAUGCAGCUCACCAAAAUGAAAGAUGCAGAGCCUUCCAAAGGAGCGGUGGCAAAAGCAGCUUGGAACGUUACGGAGACAACUGGGAAGCGCAAAAAGCAAUCGGACUUCCCCAAGGACUCUGCUGUAAAGGCCUUGGAGUCCAAAAAGCAAGCAGAGCCAUUCUCCGAUCGGUACUUCACCCCACCGGUCAAUAAAACCUUGGACAGUUCUGUCACAUCUUCAGAGAGUUCCACGGGUGGUAAGAGCAAAAAGCGCAGCUCGCUGUUUUCUCCACGCAAGAACAAAAAGGAAAAGAAAGCCAAAAGCGAAAGUAGACUCUCUGGUGCUGAGGAGACGCCACCCAAACACAAGUCCCUGUGGAAGACUGUGUUCUCCGGCUACAAGAAAGACAAAAAGAAGAAAGACAACAAGUCGUGUCCGAGCACACCCUCAAGCUCUACAACUGUAGAUUCUGGAAAGAAGAAAGAUUCGCCCCUGGAUAAGUCCUCAGAUUCACAUUUGAGAAGAAAUCUCAGCUUUUCCGAGGACUCUGAUCUCUCCUGCGACGAUGUUCUGGAGAGAUCCUCUCAGAAGUCGAAGGGUGAUCGGCGCAUGGACCUUUUUGACUUGGUGUCAGAUUUGAAUAAAGAUGCAAUGAAAGAGAAAGAAAAUAACAAAGCUAGGGCAAAGGAAAGAGUUUCAGAGAAUGGAAAUAAGAAAGUAAGCGCAAGAAGAGUAAAGGAAAGAGUGAAGGAUGAAGGGCAGAAGAAAGUUAAAGAUGAUGAGUCUGUUUAUGUACCUCAUGCAUUGGCGUUCAAGAGAUCGUAUGCCACAAAGAAAACCUACACAGAGGAAGAACUUAAUGCUAAACUGACGAGAAAGGUCCAGAAAGCGGCACGCCGACAAGCUAAGCAAGAGGAGCUCAAGAGACUCCACAGAGCUCAGAUCAUUCAGAGGCAGCUGGAGCAGGUGGAGGAGAAACAGAGGCAGUUGGAGGAGAGGGGUGUCGCUGUGGAAAAGGCACUGCGGGGGGAAGCAGGGUUGUAUAAAGGUUCUAGUGUUAGUCCAAAACAGCAUAAGAGACGCUCAGACUAUUGGGGAGAGUCUAAUUACAGUGAGAUCCUGGAUUUGCAUCUGGGCGUUGAGCCCUAUGUCAGGACCCCUCGCCGAAGAGCCCUGUACCUCUGCCCCUGCUGUGCCCCUGAAGGAAUGGGAAAAAAGGACGAUCCAAAACUGAUGCAGGAAUGGUUUAAGCUGGUCCAGGAGAAGAACGCCUUAGUGCGAUACGAAUCGGAACUGAUGAUAUUUGCUCGUGAGCUGGAGUUGGAGGACAGACAGAGCCGACUUCAACAGGAACUGCGAGAGCGCAUGGCAGUAGAGGACCAUCUGAAGGCCGAGGAGGAGCUGGCAGAAGAAAAGCGGAUUUUGAAUGAAAUGCUGGAAGUAGUAGAGCAAAGAGAUUCUCUGGUGGCCCUACUGGAGGAGCAGAGACUCCAAGAGAAGGAAGAGGAUAAAGAUCUGGAGUCAGUGAUGCUCUCCAAGGGAUUCAACCUCAACUGGGCUUAACAUAACAGAGCAAUUUCUUUUAUUGCCAACCGUUCCCAAUUUCAGUAAUGUUGGCAGAACGAAUCCGUUUCGCCUCUCCCCUCGUUUUAUUGGGCCAUAUCAGCUACGUUUACAAAUCCACUCAUGAGCACAUUCAACGAUGUUUACGAUGUUCUCCUGGCACGACUCGGGGCUGACCAGCGUUUCGUCUCUUGGCAGACCAUAGCAUUCAUCAAAACGAUCUCUUCCUUUGGAAUGGGAGAAUACAUCAGUUGGAGUUUAUUUGUUUUGAUCCAAUGCUUUUGGUCGAAAGGGACAAAUCAAUCCUGCUGAUGUUGAGGAUGUCUGAGACUAAUGACGUAAAAUGAAAACAAAAGCCAGUCUUGCAUUUCGGCGAAUGUCUGGUCAUUCAACUGUUACACUUUGAGUGAAGAGAGAGCUUUUCUACCUACUUACUGAGAGACGGCUAAUGGAGAAGCUGUUCUCCCCUCCAAUCACACUCCCUUUCAACACAACACGUUAUGACCAUCAGCGACUUUCACGCAACUGACAGAUGAAGUGUUUAUAAGUUUCGGAUCACAGAAUAAGCAGCUGAUGGACUUUUUCAGACUUCAGCAGAAUCUUGUGUUUGUAGCAUUGACAAGGGUAGAAUGUUAUUUCCCAGCUGAUAUUAGAGAUACCGAUGUAAGCUGGGAGCAAAACAUGUUACACACAUUGUUAUGAGUGCUUGCAAGAGCUCAGGCUCAAUCUUUAUAGACUCUUUCAUUAUAUCCUAAAAACAGUUUACAAUCAUUUAAUUCAUGAAUAUCUGAUACUAUAAGUAUAUUAUAAGUAACAUAACACAGUAUAUAUUUACAUCACUGUAAAUUGUUAAUGGGAAAAUAUAUUCACACUACACAUUGAUUACAAUCAAAUGCAUUAUGCAUUGUGUUGGUCAGGGUAUCAAGAACAUUUAAGGCACCCACAGCUUAUGUGGAUAGUUCAUGUACAUGGUGCCCAUUUUCACGUUUGAAUGGUUUGGUUUUGCAUCCUUCCAUUUCCUCCAGCUUUCGAGCAACAUGCCUUUUUCACGCAAAUGCUCUUCACAUCCGCAGAGUUUACUUAUGUUUGCAGAGUUUGUUGUUAAUUUAUAAUCGUGUUUGUUUGUACGAUGAUUUUACAUCACACACAUGCAACUGACAUUUUAUCAGCGGGGGUGAUAACUCUUGUAAUGUAGUUUUGAGUUGGUGUCAUGGAACUGGAAACAUCGAUGAUGCAUAUGAACGUAUGUUUGCCUUUUUGUACAUUUCAUUUUAGUGACUAUUAGAUGUGUAUAUAGAUGGGCACGGUUAUGUUCUUUUAUUGGUUUAUUUCUCCUUGUAAGUAGAGAUAACUGUGAAUGAAAACAUACACAUGGUCAACGCUAGUUGUUUAGACUGUAAAAUGUUUGACAGAUUUUAUGGUAUUUAUUAACAUGUGUGAAAAUGUAUUAUAUGUAAAGUAAAUGAAUCCUAAUUUUUAAGAAAUAUGUUGUCAGCUCUUGAAAAUGCUUCUUGUUGCUAAUUUGCAUAUAGGGUGUUGGAUGUGCGGAGGCAAUAAAACAAUGCAGUUGUUACA